UCAACGAAAUGGUCAGCCCGAGAGCCGCAGCAAAAUGCUGGAUGGACGCCUCUCGCUGGGAUGGCUGUCACUGGCGCUCCUAGUCCUCCUCACCGGCGGACCGACCACUGCCUACUUCGGGCUGACAGGGAAUGAACCUUUGACAAUUCUCUCUCUGACCUCAGAACCGGAGGGAGCGGCAGAGAAAGCCCACUACAAAAUCUGUGACCGCCUCAAGCUUGAGCGCAAGCAACGCAGGAUGUGCCGGAGAGACCCCGGGGUAGCGGAGACCCUCUUGGAGGCGAUUAGCAUGAGCGCUCAAGAGUGCGAGUAUCAAUUCCACUUCGAGCGAUGGAACUGUACUCUAGAGGGACGAUACCGGGACAGCUUACUAAAUCGAGGUUUUAAGGAAACGGCGUUCCUUUAUGCCAUCUCCUCAGCGGGGCUAACACAUGCCAUGGCGAAGGCGUGCAGCGCGGGCAGGAUGGAGCGUUGCACAUGCGAUGAGGCUCCAGACCUGGAGAACAGGGAGGCCUGGCAGUGGGGAGGCUGCGGGGACAACCUGAAAUACAGCAACAAGUUUGUAAAGGAGUUCCUGGGGAAAAAGUCCGACAGGGACCUCCGAGCCCGCGUGGAUUUACACAAUACGAACGUGGGAAUUAAGGUGAUUAAAGCCGGAGUGAAGACCACUUGCAAAUGCCACGGGGUUUCCGGAUCCUGCACAGUCCGCACCUGUUGGAGACAGCUUUCACCUUUCCACGAGAUUGGAAAACAGCUGAAGCAAAAAUACGAGACUUCUCUCAAAGUAGGAAGCACCACCAACGAAGCGACUGGCGAAGGGGACAUUUCUCCACCCAAAAAGCCCGCCUCCGGUCACAGCGACCAAAUUCCAAGGACUACGGACCUCAUCUACAUCGAUGACUCUCCGAGCUUCUGUCGGAUGAGCAGGUUUUCUCCCGGCACGUCGGGGAGGAGGUGUUACAAAGACAAAAACUGCGAGAGCAUUUGCUGCGGGCGGGGACAUAAUACUCAGAGCAAGGUGGUGACGAGGCCUUGCCAGUGUCAGGUCCGCUGGUGCUGCUAUGUGGAAUGUAAACAGUGCACGCAAAGGGAGGAGGUGUACACGUGUAAAGACUAAUCAGCUCUCUUUGGCCGUGGAUGUAUUAGAGACCAUCGUAGGAUCUGAACACAUAAAAAAAAAAACAGGGUUUGGUUGGCAAAAUUGGAUGGAGACCUAAAUUUUGUUAGCACUUUUCCGGGUCUACGUGCCCAACUGUGU